AGGUUUGUCAUCGUGUCGCCGGCACGGCCCGGAGGAGGAGGAGGAAGAAGAGGAGGAGGAGGGAUGAGGAAGCCGCUGCCGCCUUUGCAUCCGUGACGGGGGCCUAGAGAGCCCGGGCUUCGGACGGCCCCUUUCCCACCGCCGGCGCACAGGCGCUGCUCGUCCGGGGGAAGGGCCAGGAGGAGGAGGAGGAGGAGGAGGAGGAGGACGGCGGUGCUGUGUGUGAGAGAGCGUGGAGAUGAGCUCAGCUCUGUGCCCUGGAGCCGCCUGAGGAGACCCGGCUGCCUCCCAGCCUCCCUCGCCGCCGCCGCCAUGGCUCACUCCCCCGUGCAGGCGGGGCUGCCGGGGAUGCAGACUCUGAAGGCAGAUCCAGAAGAACUGUUUACGAAACUGGAGAGGAUUGGUAAGGGGUCUUUUGGUGAAGUUUUUAAAGGAAUUGACAAUCGGACUCAGAAAGUUGUUGCUAUAAAAAUUAUUGACCUAGAAGAAGCAGAAGAUGAAAUAGAAGACAUCCAACAAGAAAUCACGGUGUUGAGUCAGUGUGACAGUCCAUAUGUAACUAAAUAUUAUGGAUCCUAUUUGAAGGAUACAAAAUUAUGGAUAAUAAUGGAAUAUCUGGGUGGAGGCUCUGCCCUUGAUCUAUUAGAGCCUGGCUCUCUUGAUGAAACUCAGAUUGCUACAAUAUUGAGGGAGAUACUCAAAGGACUCGAUUACUUGCAUUCGGAAAAGAAAAUCCACAGAGAUAUUAAAGCUGCUAAUGUAUUGCUGUCUGAACAAGGAGAAGUAAAACUGGCAGAUUUUGGAGUAGCUGGGCAGCUAACAGAUACACAGAUAAAGAGGAAUACCUUUGUGGGAACACCGUUUUGGAUGGCACCUGAAGUAAUAAAGCAAUCAGCGUAUGAUUCAAAGGCAGAUAUCUGGUCAUUAGGCAUAACAGCCAUAGAACUUGCAAAAGGAGAGCCACCUCAUUCAGAAUUACAUCCAAUGAAAGUUUUGUUCCUCAUUCCUAAGAACAAUCCACCAACGCUGGAAGGAAACUUCAGUAAAUCCCUCAAAGAAUUUGUCGAGGCCUGCUUAAACAAGGACCCAAGCUUUAGACCUACCGCAAAAGAACUUUUAAAACACAAGUUCAUUUUACGAAACUCCAAGAAAACAUCUUACUUGGCUGACCUCAUUGACAGGCAUAAGAGAUGGAAGUCUGAGCAAAGUCAUGACGACUCCAGUUCUGAUGACUCGGAUACUGAAGCAGAUGGUCAGGCUUCAGGUGGGAGUGACUCAGAAGAGUGGAUCUUUACAAUAAGAGAAAAAGACCCCAAGAAUCUAGAGAAUGGAGCAGCCCAGCCUUUGGAGUUGCAAAGAAAUAAGGAAAAGGAUAUCCCAAAGAGGCCUCUAUCCCAAUGCCUGUCUACAAUUAUAUCCCCUUUAUUUGCAGAGCUGAAAGAGAAGAGUGAGGUGUGUGGUGGUAACACAGAUUCCAUAGAAGAACUGAGGAAGGCAGUUUAUUUAGCUGAAGAGGCUUGUCCAGGCAUUGCAGAUACCAUGGUGUCACACCUUGUGCAGAGGCUUCAGAGAUAUUCCCUAGCUGGAGGAAGUUCUUCAUCCUACUGACAUACUCUUCCUUCCUGGCUUUCCCAAGACAGCAGAGAUCCCAUGGUGUCUGCAUUGAAGGCGUGCACCCUAAUGCUGUUCUGCCUCUCAGUCUCUGGAAAGUCCUUGGGAGGAAGGACAUUCUAAGAGUGAAAAUGAAGUCUCUUGGAUGGAGGCAAUCUUUUUCAGCUCCUUAAAGCUAUAAUUUUUUAAAAUAAUAAUUCACAUAUUCCAGGGAGGUGUCCUUUUGUAAAAUCUGAAAUGUAUAUUUAGGUUUGUGAUAGAGAAAUUGAAGAUAUUGAGAAACCUCAGGUAUCUUGCUUUAAGAAUUCCACUGAGAGAUGGAGCAUGGUUGUUGGAAUUGUGUACAGAUAUGUAUAUAAUGUCUUUUUUAAAAGAAAGCCUUUCAAUGUGCAUAAGGAAUCACUGUGUACAAAAUGGUAAAGUGCUUUUGUAGAUAAUGUUAGUGGGGUAAACAUUUGACAGGCCAUAACUGAGUAUUGCCUUGCCUUUAUUACAUGUAAAGUUUGAAUUAUGUGAUAAGUGAAUCUCGGUUAGAUUUUUGUAUGUGAAGUAUUUGCCAUUGAAAGAGUUAAUCCUGUAUUAUAGAACCUUCUAUUUGUACCUCAGCACAGACACAAUUUUAUUCUGCUUCUCUAGCAUUUCUUUCUUUUUACUUAUAUUCUGAGCAUCACUUUCUGUAUAUGGUACUACUUCUAGUUGUUUUAAAUUUCAUACACCUGGUCUCUCAAAGCUUUAAAUUUAAAUUAUUGUUUUUCCUAGAGAAUGAGUUCUUUCAUAUCUUCAGUUUCAAGCUGUGCCAAUGCAAAUUCUGAAAUAGUUCAGUUUUAGUAACAGAUAUUUGUGAAGCUUGUGAAAUUCAGACACAGUAUUUUUUUUUCACCUGAACAUGUUAAAAUGCUCAGAGAAAUCUUUGUUCCCUUUAUUUAUUCUGAAAUAUCUCCUUAAGGUGUAGAUUCUGAGACAGUGGCAAGUAUUUCUUUAUCAUGCCUAUUUUUAUCAUUAAAACAAAUGUCUUUUGGCAUAAAAGAAAAAUUAUCCAUAGAUUCAGUAUUUGGUCUCGCUGCCUGGAUCUGUGCAUCUCUACCAGAAUGGAUAGAUGUUGGACAGAGAGACUGAGAAACAGCCCAAGUGCUGUGUGCUGGGUCCUGCUGCUUGCCUGUUCAGAGAAAAGUUCCUUCUUGAAAUUCUGAAUUUUAAAAUUUCUACUAUUCCUGUGAGGAUUUCUACAUAGCUGAAUUCAGUUGUCACAGAUCUUGGAAACAGUAAUACUAGUUCAUUAGUUGUAUGCACAGUUGAUUAGGUAGCUGCUAUUUUUCCUCCCCCCCCCACAGUAUUACUCUGAGGUUUACCUUGGUUUCACCAAGACUAUAUUCAGGUUCUUCUUAUUCCAGUAGCUAAGAGAGCAUUUUUGCCUUCUUUUAAUGAGGAAUUUGAUGACUUUAUGCUUUGCAUGACCGCGAAGUAACUUAUAUAUUUACUUUUUAAAAAAAAUAUAUAUGGAUGGGAGCUUUGGAACAGAAAGGCUUAACAUUUAAAAUACAGGCAUAUCUGCCUAGCUUGGUACAAGAAACCCAGGUACUCUAACCAUUGUGGAAGCUGGCGAGGUCUCCUUCCAGGACUUCUAUCACCGUGGUAGCCCUUAGUCUAUGCAUAUUAAUAGCCUUAAUUUAUUAAUUUAAGAAUUUAAUAGUAAGAGGACACUGUCUUGCUAACAGAGCUAAUAAACUUCUGCCCAGGUUGGAACAACAGUUGGAAGAAAUGUGGGUGUGUGUUCAUCUUGAGGCCAUGCUUUCAGGCAUUACUCAUUUGCCAGCCUCAUGAGGUAAUGGGUUUCCUUUAUGGCUUAGGAAGUUUAAAAUAAAUUGAACAAUGCUAAAGUUUGAGCAAUGUUUUACAACUCCACUUUGAUUAAUAUUUUAAUUAUGUUGUUUAGUGUGCUCUUAAGUGUUAUGUAUAGGCUCACUUUUGAGGAAACAAAUUUAGCAGUGCUUUUGUGAAAUGGGCAUCAGAAUGCAGCGCAAUGGAAAUUUACCUGUUGAUGUGUCAAUAUGAGAACAUUCAGCCUUCAAUAGAUCCCUGUGCUGUGACCGCACAAGGAAAUCAACAGGUGUGUUUGCACUGGAAAUGUAAAUUGAUCAGUGUAGAUGGUUCCCUAGUCAUCUGUUAGUGUAAGGACUGGAAAUUAAAGUGAGCUUAAUUGGAGACGCACAGAACUCUGAGACUUAGUGGGGAAGUUAAACUUAUGCUGCUGGCUUGAAUGUCAAGAAUUUAUCAAUCAGCAAGUUGAAUUAAAUUCUAAGCUAGAUUCUUUGAACACUCAUUUGGAAAGUUACAUAUAUGUGUUUUGAGUUGCAUUUUAGUUGUGUUCCAGGACUGUAUGUUGAGGAAGUUACUUCUCUGAGUAGAUAGUGGCAGAAUUUGCUUGAUCAAUGUGUCAGAGCUUAAGAUGAAUAAGACUUGUGGUGUGGGCAGGUGGCCAAAAGGCUUGGGCAUUUAGAAGAAGACAAGACCUCAUUUAUGGUAGAGAUGUGUAUUUUUAUAUGUAAUAUACAGAUUAUUUAAAUAUAGACUAUCUUAAACUGAGAUUCACUGAAAAAAAAGCGUGCUGUAUCUUGAAUGUAGAAGUACAAUCAUUUGCUAUUAAAAAGUAUUGAUGCUUUAAAAAUCAGGUCUAUAUUGGUAACAGAAGAGGAGCUUCAUUUGAAAGAAGCACCACCUCAGUUUCUCAGAGGAAAAGAAGUGUAUUGAUAUUUUUGAGAGGUUUUUUCAUGCUUAAAACAUGUCUGUGUUGCGAUGUUGCACUGAUAUUUUUCUGUGCAGGUAGUACUUCAUUCAGUCUUGACUAUACUAAAUGACAAGCUAUCCCUAUUUAUGCAAACCUUUAAAUUAGUAGAACUGCUUAUUUGUCAGGGAUUUCAUGAUUAGGCAGUAAAUAAACUCACUGUUUAAAAACAAUAAAAUCAGUUAUUUGAACUGAAGGCUUGCUUUUUUAUAACUCUCAGAUCUAUUUUUUUACCUUAAUUUUCCCUGUAGUUGCACUUUGUAGUUGCUGACCAGUUUAUUGAAGGAUGAUAUGCCACGGUUCCUUUGCAGCUCCAUCAUUGUGUGUGAGCUUGUGGGAACAGAAGAUAAACUGAUUUUUGUGGAAUGCUCUAAUUGGGGUGUUCUGCCCCUGCUGUGCAAGAGGUGCAGGUGGAGGGGGAAGGUGAGGCUGGCUGUGUUGGCACCUCACUGCAAAGCAGCUGGCUCAGUGUGAGUUCCCAUCCUCCUGUAGCCUGGCACCCCAUCAUCUGCCUCUUAAUGUGCUUUUAAUGUACUUGGCCAGUAUCUUCUUUAGCUCUCACUACUUUCUGUCACGUUCUGUAUUACUUUUUAAACUGUGUGGUACCAGUUUGUAGGAGUUUUACAGUAACCUGAGUUUGAAGGAAAUGUGUUUUGCCUUGAAAAAAGUCACCACUGGAAGAUUAUCCACAGUGCUCAUAAGCACAGGUGUCAUGCAAGGAUCAGGACAAUUCCAAAUCGGUUUUGUAGGCUGCUGGGGAGGAGCUGAAGGUAUAGCACAAAUGUGCUUCCUAUUUUUAACUGUGUUGUGCAGAUAUGCUGGGAACUGCACAUGCUGAGCACAUGCCAUGGACAAAUCGUAUGCAAGGGUUUCCUGCCACCUCUAAUGCAUGAUUACAGAGGACCAUGAAAGUGUGUGUCUUGUUUUCUGUAACACUGCUGUUUAUAACCGUGUAUUUAAAUUUCACUUUUGUCACUCUACACCAACACAGUAAACCUCCUUGUAAACUACGUGACCUAGAAAUAAAGAAGGAAAAGUUUCAUGAAAUGUUGCCACCUGAGUGGUCAGUGAGAUGAGAUUCAGGGUCCCUUCACUGAAGAAGAUGCUCUGUGGGCUUCUAGAGCAGUUAUUGCCCAUGUGUCAGUAAUGAUAUGCAGAAAGGUUAUUAAAUAGUGUUGGAUUUUUAAUGCCAGUCAGCUCAGAAUUUGUAGCACUUGUAGAUGGCAGUGAUUUAAAACCCACCUUGUAGCCUCCAUCC